AUGAUCCACGGCAAUGUUGACAUGGUACAGUACCUGGCAACAUGGCUGGGCAUGCACGCCUGGUCCUCCCCGCCCGCCCGCCGCCAGUCCUGGGGAUGUGCCAUCCUCUCGCGCUUCCCCCUCCUCUCCGCCUCCGCCUCCCAGUCCCUCCCCUCCCCUCACGGCGAGCUAGCUUGUUUCCAACAUGCUGUUAUUCUCCUAGGCGCUGGUAACAUGCUGCCUGGAGGCGGUAACAUGGUUACCAGCGAGAGUGUGGGUGCUGGUGGUAACCAGACGAGUGGGGUCGUGUCUGGUUACCCUGUUCACAUCAUGAACGCACAUUUUAGCGAUCUGGAGGUGGAUAUUCGGCUGGAGGCUGAGCGGGCGGCAUCCCUUGUCCGUAGUGUGCUGCAGGCAGGAAAAGGGAGGGAGCAGGGUGGGGGAGAGGAGGGAGGGAAGGAGGACGGGGCUGAGAGGACUUUUGAGUCGACUCAAAAGUCAACAGGGAAGGAGGACGGGGCUGAGAGGGAGGAGAGACGGACUCAAGAAGAAGGGUUCCAAGGAGGAAUGGAGACAGCAGGUGAACUGUCAGGUGAAUUUUCAGGUGAUUUGUCAGGCGGAGCAGUGGAUGGAUCAGCAGAUGCUGGCGCACAUUCUCCUGUGCAUGCUGCGUUGGAAGCAGAGUCAGGGGCAGCAGCAGCGGCAGGGGCAGCAGCAGCAGCAGCAGCAGCAGCAGCAGCUGCUGGAACAACAGCAGAGAGCGGUUUAUCUGGAGGCAUGCAAGUAGCAAGCACAGCGGCAGCAGUGGAUGGGUCAGAGGAACACGCAGGAGGAGCUUUGGAGGGGCGUGUUUCUGGGGCAGAGGGAGAUUUCAACCUCGCACCACUCUCUCCGCCCUACCUCACCCUCCUCUCCCCGGGUCUCAUGGACACUCAGGCUGAGAGGAUGGGUGCGUGGAAGGGCACGGGGGACCGGGACCCGGGGGCGGGGUAUGUGUUUGUGUCGCGAGGGAAUGUGGAGUGUGAGGCGUGGCGGGAACCGAGAUAUGAUCAGCGGAAAACGUCUGAUGGGUACCCUGUGGUGGUGGAUGUGAGGGUCACUCUCCCUGCUGCUGCUGUGUGA